UUUUAAGAUAACGCACACUUGUUUUAUAUGAUAUCGCAUUACCUUAACCUCGAUGUAAAUUGUCUCCAUUGAAUAACAUGACAAGACUCGUAUUUAGUUCGGAAAGUUAGUUGUCGAAAUGUCGAACCAUCUGUUGGUAGCCGCCAUUGAUUUCGGGACUACUUAUUCAAGCUGGGCGUUCUCGUUCAGGUAUGACUAUGCUAACGACCCAACUAAAGUCUCCGCAAAACAAUGGCAAGGACACGAAUCUUCAAAAGGCCCUACUUGUGUCCUGAUCAAGCCUGAUGGGAAAACAUUACAUUCGUUUGGUUUUGAUGCUGAAGCCAAAUACGCAGAACUUAUUGAAGAAGACGAAAAUAAAGACUGGUACUUCUUCAGAAGGUUUAAAAUGAUGUUAUGGAAACAGAAGCUCAAUCGAAAUUCGAUGUUGGAAGAUGAAAACGGUCGGAAGUUAUUGGCAAGAACCGUUUUUGCGUUGUCCAUAAAAUACCUUAAGGAAGACCUAUGGAUUGUUUCUAAUGACCGAAUAGCGGACACCGUGUUACCAGACGAAAUACACUGGGUUUUGACAGUUCCUGCCAUUUGGGACAAUGCAGCAAAACAGUUCAUGCGUGAAGCUGCCGAAGAGGCGGGAAUAGAACCGGAUAUGCUCACCAUUGCACUUGAGCCGGAAGCUGCUUCACUUUUCUGUCGUCAUCUCCCGGUUGAAAAGAGUGGGGAUCAGUUCUCCCUGGCAUCUCUGCGUGCUGGAAGACAAUAUCUUGUACUUGAUGCCGGAGGAGGAACCAUCGACAUAACGGUGCACGAAGUAACGCCAUCUGGUGGCGUCAAAGAGCUGUACAAGGCGAGUGGUGGCGCUUGGGGUGGGACCAAAGUCGAUGAUUCCUUUGAAAGUUUCCUAGCUUGUUUGACAGAUAAAAGUGUCGUCAAAAAGUUUAAAGAAGAUCACUUGGAUGAUUAUAUAGAACUUCUUAGACGGUUUGAGGUUAAAAAGAGAGAGAUUGAUCCCGACAAGGAUACUAAAAUGGUCAUGAGCAUUCCACUUGCCUUUUUUACAACUGUUAAGAAACGCCUACACAAAGACUUCAAUAAAGUGGUGAAAAAGUCAACCUAUACAAAUUCGGUGUUCUUGACUGGGGAUAAACUGAAAAUCGAUCCAACAGUUGCUCGAAGCUUUUUUAAAGAGUCAACCGAAAGAACAAUAGCACUUGUCAAAGAUGUUUUGAGAAAAAAUGAAAACAGAGGCGUAGAAGCCAUACUGAUGGUAGGCGGGUUUUCUGAAUCGAAAAUGCUCAACAAGGCAGUUAAACAAACGUUUCCAACAUUAAAGAUAAUCGUCCCUGAUGAAGCUGGUCUGGUAGUUCUUAAGGGAGCCGUGAUGUUUGGACAUGAGCCCAGAAAUAUUACCGAGCGAAUAAGCAAAUAUACGUAUGGAAUUGCAUUGCAUCCUGAGUUUGAUCCUAUCAAUCAUCCAGAAUCAGCUAAAUUCACUGACACUGACGGUGUUGAUAGGUGUAAGAACUUUUUUGAUAAGCAUGUUAUAGCGGGACAGUCGCUGAAAGUCGGAGAGGCCCAGUCUGAAGAAACAUACUUCACAAAACCUAGUCACACGUCAACUGUUCAAAUAGAGGUAUUCGCAACAGAAAAUAAAACUCCCCUACUAGUUACUGAUCCUGGAUGCCGGAAGGUUGGACAAUGCGACAUCGAAUUGGCUGGUACUGGAGGUGGGCGCGAGGUUUUAGUAAGAAUGAUAUUUGGAGGGACGGAAAUAGACGUCGAAUGUACCGAGAAAGCCACUGGAAAAGUAUCGCAUAUUCCGAUUGACUUUUUGUCUUAUGUUGCGUUUGUAUGACGAAAUUUAUGCAUAGAGUCAAAUAUCUAAAUACAGAAACUAUUUUGCUAAAAUGUAACAUGGUAGUCUAAGGUCAUAAGAAUGGUAUUAAAUACAUAUAUUGAUAUCAUACGUAAGUGACAUUAGCUUUAACAUUAUGUCUUAUGUUCUUUUUAACACAAUAUGUUAGCAGUCAUUGUAGUUGGGCGAAAAAUCAGUGUUUAAAUUAUGGUUUGUUCUUGUAGACACACUGACACUCACAAAUCAAAAGCUUCUUCACAUAAGGCGAUCUUUUAGUGUAUCUUUUAAGCAUUGAAUCUUUAUUUUCUUAACAAGGCAGUCCAAAGGGCGGCUAUAUCCCCCACCGUUGUUUUUAUAAAAGUUUUUUCUCUGAACAUGACUGGUACGUUAAAUCUGACCCAAAUUGUAUACUACCAUUGGUCAAGAGUGGGGAAAAGGGAAAUACAAGUUGUUUGAUCGGUAACCUAAACUUUCUUGGAAAUAUGAACAUGUUAUAAAAGAAUACUUAUUAAAAUAAUUCAGAGUGUGUGUAGUGUAGAUAAGAUCAAUGGCAAGGUUUUAUUGACCUAAAAAGGAAGGGAUAUGAGUCUUUGAUUUAUAACAUCGAUGAAAUAACAAGUUCUUCGAUAAAGUGAUAUAAAUAUAUGCGUAUAUGCGUGUGUAUAGUGUGGUAACGUCAUGACA